UUCUGAAGUGGGGAAACGGCUUAUGCGAUGGCUAGCAAGUCGGGCACUGAGUGGAUGCCCCGUGUCAUGCAAGCUUCAGCCUUAGGCAUGGCUCCACUCGCACGAAGAAAACUGUCACCGGUCCCGUCCGCAUCUUUGCCUAAUAAGCGAGUCGUGAUUAAUGUUUCUGGACGACGCUACGAGACAUGGGAGGCGACACUUUCUCGACAUCCGGAUACUCUUUUAGGGAGUAAAGAACGAGAAUAUUUCCUGGAUGAAAUAUCAGGCGAGUACGUAUUCGAUCGAGACCCAAGUAUUUUCCGGCAUAUUUUGAACUACUAUAGAACAGGUAGACUGCAUUUCUCUUAUUACGACUGCAGUAAGACGUUUGAAGAAGAGUUUACAUUUUUUGGUAUUCCAUUUGAUGGUUUCGACUCCUGCUGCUGGAACGAAGUUAAUGAUUCUUACGAGGCUGCGACUGUAAUUGCUACUACAAUGACAAAUCUGAGACAACGUGUUAAUCGAACUCAUUUUGAUACCAUACGUGAAACUCUGUGGGAUGCCUUUGAAAAUCCACAGCGAACACGCGCAAGUAGAACUGUGUAUAACAUCAUCGUCGUUGCUGUUACGUUAAGCUUGGUGGUGACAAUAGGACAAACAAUUCGAUGUCCAGGUGGUGAAACCUGUGGCGAAGAGUUUCAUAAUUUAUUUCUCUACACAGACGGAGGUUGUGCGUUUAUAUUCACCGUAGAGUACGCUGUUAAACUAUACGCUGUGCCAUAUCGUAAACCUUUCGUAAAGAGUCUUGAAAGCUUUAUUGAUAUCCUCGCAAUUCUACCAUUCUAUUUUGAUUUGUUAGAAGUUUAUGCACCUGAAUUGAAAUCUUUCUCAAUUUUACGAGUGUUCCGUGUGUUUCGAGUAUUUAAAUUUCUCAAAAAUUCUAAACGGUUAAAGACGUUGCUAAUAACGUUCCGCAAUGCAGCUCCAGAGCUUGGCGUACUCUGUUUUAUAUUUGCAAUGGCAACAAUCAUGUUUGCAGCAUGUGUUUAUUACUUGGAGAAAAAUGUUCCAAAUACAACUUUUACUCAUAUACCGCUGGCUAUUUGGUACGCUAUCGUCACAGGCACGACAUUAGGGUAAGUGUUGGGCAGUAUUGGAAAUUUUGCUUCAUUGUCUUAGAUUUCCAAUAAUCAAUAGGCUAUCUGACCACAUUGGGAAACAUAUCUCCACCGGCAACCGUUUAUAUACAUACAUACAUGUAGAUAAACUUUCAUGGACAAAAAGUAUGUCUGCAUGUGCAUGCUUGUAUUAGGAAUCUUCUCUGUUAUUAUUUAACAUUCAGUUGACCUUCAUGCAUUGUUUGUUUCUUAUUGCCAGGUCUCUUAUAUUACAUGAUCACCGCUUUUUCUGAACUUCACCAUUUUUCCCAUUCACCGAUAUAUCUUCUCCUUGAUUAUACAUUUAUCGACAACUCGACAUUUCUUUCGUUUCUAUGAUUUUCGCCACCAUUUUCUUCAUAUUUCUCUGGCCUUUGUUCCACUUUCUCGUUUACAUUAAUUUCCUCAGUUUUUUUUAUAGAUUUCUUCCCGAACACAUUCCCGCACUCCCUCGUCUACAUUUCUCCUGUUAUGGAUUCCAUCAUUUCGUUCCAUACAAUAUUCUUACAUUUCUCAUGAUAUACUUGCAUCUACUUUACUGUUUAUCUCUGGAUUUUUUAUGCACUUACUAACAUUUCACUCCCUUUUCUCGGCAUGAAUUUCAUAUUGUCUUUCCAAGUUCUUCCGUAAUUCUUCAUCAACUUCCUAUUUUCGUUCAUUCGUUUCUACAUUUUACCUUCUAUUUUGCCCACCCACUCAGUCCGCACCUCCUUUUCUACCAUUUCGCGCGCAAUCUUUACCCCCAUCUUAUCAUUCCUGCUUGUGUUCUCUGUAUUCUCUUCCAGUUUCCCUUCGAUUCAUUAUUGACAUCGCCGUUAUUUUCACUUCCCUGUAGUAACGAAAUGUUGAGGUUGUCAACAUAUUUUCGCUCUUUUAUUUCAGACUUCAAAUCUUUGGCAUUAAAUUUAAUGCCAUUUUGCUUAAAAAAUAGUCUAUUGUUACACAAUUAAAAGUUUCUAGAUCAUUUCUGGGAGGCGGUUUUCCCUUUGGAUCAACUACUGCUUUGCUCCACUUUACUUCAAGAAUUAGCUACUAAUUCCUACAUAACGCCUCUUAAUUUCUUUUCAGCUAUGGAGACAUGGUUCCUUCAAGUAUUGGUGGCAAACUUAUUUCCGCAGUCUUCCUGACCUUGGCUGUAUUUAUUGUCUCACUUCCUGUUCCUUUCAUCGAAGACAAACUACUACAUCAACAACAUCUUCAAUUGACAGAAGAUCGUUUAGAGAUGAGAUUAAAACGAAUACUUAAGACAAAACAAAGUCAUCGUGGCAGUAACAGGACACGACGUGGUACGGCUAGCAAUAUCCACGCUGCAACCACGUGACAUAUGGAAAGCUUUAUCUCCAAAUGCAGGAUAGUGGUAUCUUUGCACGCGGGAUGUUGCGAGACUUUUGGAAAGCGGAAAAGGCACGAGCCGCAGGCGAGUGUGUUUUACGCUUUCCGAAAGUCGAGCGGCAUUCCAAGUGCAUAGGGGACACUAUCCUGCGUGGAAAUCAUUUGGCAAUUUUUUAAUAAAAUAACUACAGUGAAACAAUAAUUAACUUUAUUGAAACGUUUAAGUACUAACACGAGUAGGACUGCUUUAUCAAAUAUCGUGUUUACUAUUUCGUGAUACUCGUGUUUUAAAUGGCCUAAAAACGACACAUCUGAUGAGUUCAUUAGCGAAG